AUGGUAAUUAAGAACAAAGUUGUGUAUGGUGGACCGGCGUUGAAUAUUCCAGCGCACCUUUCUUUUGGCCAAUACAUUCUCGAUAAAUUCACGGAACAUAGCGUCGAGGAGAAGAAAAUUGCACUGGUUCACGGAGACACUGAUCAAGUUACAACGUAUCGGCAACUUCUUCAAGAAGUUGUCAGUGUUGCUAAUGGUUUAAAAAGUCUUGGAGUAAAACGUGGUGAUAUCGUGGCGAUUUGCAGCGAAAACAGAUUGGAAUUUAUGUUUACUGCAAUUGGAAUUAUUCUAUGUGGUGCCACUGUUACUACUCUUAGUCCGCAAUAUGCAAAGGGGGAAACUAAACAUGUCUUAAACAUUUCAAAACCCACUCUUCUAAUAGCGUCCGAAGCAGUUUUAAAACAAAACUUAUCAGUUUACAAGGAAGUGAUGUUUAUAAAAAGAUUUAUUCAAAUGAACGGACAGCCUAUUGACAAUGGUAUAAUUUCAUUAAAAAGUGUCUAUGCUGAAACGGAUCCUUUCGACUUCGAAGCGGAAAAUGUUAAAGGUGCUAUAGACACUGUAUUUUUACUGUACUCUUCUGGCACCACUGGUCUUCCAAAGGGAGUAAUGCUGACGCACGUUAACGCCUUAUAUGCCGCUACCGAAUCACAAGGCAUCGCGGUUGACCACUCACACUCUUGUUAUUUGACAGUGGUGCCAUGGUAUCACGCCUACGGUCUCAUGACGACAAUAAAUUAUCUGACAGUCGGCAAGACAAUGGUGUACUUUCCAGGGUUUUACCCGGAGAAGUACCUGCGUGCUAUAGAGAAAUAUAAGGUCAAUGUUCUGUUCACGGUGCCUCCAAUUAUCGUAUUCUUAACAAAAUCCCCCCUCGUGAACAAUUACGACGUGUCCUCCGUCAGCCGCGUAUGGUGCGCCGCGGCGCCGCUCUCGACCGACACCAUAAGGAACGUUAUGAAACGCUUGCCCAAUUGCGAAGGGGUGUUACAAGGUUAUGGAAUGACGGAGACAUCGACUGCGGCGACGAAAGAUGUGGAUGGGGACACCAGAAAACACAAGCCAGGAAGUGGUGGGCCCCCACUGCCCGGCGUAAAGCUCAAGCACACACACACACACACACACACACACACGCCGUGUCCCGUGCCCAAAUCGCAAGACUGCGAAUUGUUAAUGAAUUCCAAAAGCGAUCAAAUGACACUGACAAGCCGCCGUUUCGCCGUGAUCCUUGAUGUGAUCCAGUUAUGUGAAGUUAACGCUGAACGCGUUGACUGUACUAAACUAGGCCAUCCACCUAGCUACUGGGACCGGAAUGCACGGGUCGUCGACGUGGAGUCCAGAAAAAGGUUAGGGCCAAUGGAAACUGGAGAGAUCUGUAUAAAAGGCCCGGUUGUGAUGAAAGGCUAUAUGGAAGAUGAAUCGGCCAAUCGCGGAAUCAUAGACGAAGAAGGGUUCCUAAAGACCGGAGAUAUCGGCUACUAUGAUCACGACGGAUACAUAUUCAUUGUGGACAGGAUCAAAGAGCUCAUCAAAUAUAAAGGGCAUCAGGUGGCCCCUGCGGCGGUGGAGAGCGUGGUGCUGCAGCACAGCGGCGUCGCGGAGUGCGGUGUGGUGGGGGCCCCUGACGAUUACGCCGGCGAGCUGCCCACCGCCUUCGUCGUGGUCAAACCGGGCAGCCGGGUCACCGCGCGGGAGCUCAUCGAAUUCGCCGCGAGCCGCUUGUCACCAGCCAACCAUCUCCACGGAGGUGUGAUAUUCGUAAAGGAGAUACCGAAGAAUCCCUCUGGAAAAAUAUUACGUCGUGUUCUUAAGCAAAAUUUGCAAAAAAAACGUAAGAGUAAGCUG